GGCUGGGAGAAAUGCCUUCGACUCCAGGGCUGCACUGCUUUAGGGCACAAGGCCCUCUUGAAAUGACCAUACUGUAAGAUCUGGACCCCCUCCAUGCAGACAGAAGGUAUAAAUAGGCGAAUAAACCAUAUUUCUUAAAGCUACGGCAUGCUCCGCCAUGUCUCAAUUCUCCAAAGGAACGCAGACUGGAACCCACUGGAACCCUGCCACAGCUUGGCAGAGAGAGGGGGUGGCACCCAACUUUUGUAACAUUGUUUUGAGAGCAGGAAUGAAUGAACACUUUCUGCUUAUAGGCGGUGCCAAAGUUGCUUAGCAGUAGUGCAAGACUAGGAUUAUGUCAUCUAGAUGUCAUUUAGAACUACCCUGUCCUCUUCAUCUUACUACAGCUCCUGUUGCCUCACUCCUUAUUGCAUCAUUUCCAAAUGCUUUGGUCUCCUUCCGAUGUCACACUCCAGCUUCCAUCAGCCCCAUCACGGCCAAUACCCAGGUGGUUCAACAACCUCUGGUGGGCCACAGGUUCUGCAUGCUUGCUCCGAAUGAUUUGAUACAGCUAGUUCUAGCUGGAUGCUAUUGCAGCACGGCCUUAAUGCAAUAGUUGCAAGACCAGGGAGAGGCUCUUUGUCAUGAAGAAAUAGCAUAGCCUGUUCCCCACAAUCUCCUCACCCUGUUAUUAAAUCAUUAUAUUGAUUACAAUUUCAACAUGACUAUUACCUCCUUAUCUAAUUGCCGCCAUGCAGUAACAAAUGAGGAAGCUGAGGCAGCCUUCACAAAAACUUUCAGGCAGCCUUGAAGAUGAAGACAGCUCACUAAGGAAGCAGAUAUUUCCAGACCAUUCACAGGCACAAGCUGAUCCUAAAACCGAGGGCUAAAGCAACCAGGGCAAUGGUGGGAGUGAGCGGGCUCAUUGCCAUUGCCAUUGUAACUCUCCUGAUCGUGCAGUUCCUAAAACUGCAAUGGCUGAGUCGGCAGUACCCACCUGGGCCAACUCCCUUUCCAAUCAUUGGAGGUCUGUGGCGCUUGGACUUGAGUCUCAACCAGGAAACAUACACCAAGAUAUCAAAGGAUUAUGGGAGGAUCUUCACCAUGUGGGUGGGACACAAACCCAUGAUUCUCCUGAAUGGGUUCGAUGCUGUGAAAGAGGCGCUGGUCACGCAUUCCGAACAGAUGACGGGCCGGCCCAUGACCCCUUUUGUGAUUGAUACAAUGAAGGGAAAAGGAGUUCUGUUUGCAACUGGCCACAUCUGGAAGCAGCAGAGGCGCUUCAGCCUGACGACCCUGCGGAAUUUAGGCAUGGGGAAGAAGGGCGUGGAGUACCGCAUUCAACAGGAGUCGAACUAUCUCCUCGAACUAUUUAGAAACGAGGGAGGGAAGCCCAUGAACCCUGCUCUCGCCAUCUUCCCUGCGGUCUCCAACGUGAUCUCGUCCGUGGUGUUCGGGCAUCGCUUUUCCUACGAUGACGAGGUCUUCCAAGAUAUGGUCAAGGCUGUCGAUUUCAUGUUCCAUUUUCUGCCCAGCCCGUUUCGAAUUGCAUAUGAUCUUUUCCCUGGGCUGAUGCGCCAUAUGCCGGGACCUCACCAGAAGGCAUUCGAAUGCUUGGCAAAAGGGCAUGCAAUUAUAAGGGACGAGAUCAGAAGCCACGAGAAGACCAGGGACCCAAUUGACCCACAGGAUUUAAUUGAUUACUAUCUGAAUCAGAUUGAAAAGAGCAAAGACGACCCCAACAGCACCUUUGACGAGGAAAACAUGAUCCACGUCAUCACCGACUUCUUUGCAGCGGGGACCGAGACGACCUCCGUCACACUUCUCUGGGCUAUCCUCUACAUGGUAGCCUUUCAAGACAUCCAGGAAAAAGUCCGGGAGGAGCUACAUGCCGUUCUGGAUCCUUCCAAAGAGGUCUGUUACGAGGAUCGGAAGAGGUUGCCGUACACCAAUGCCGUCAUUCAUGAGACCCAGCGCCUCUGCAAUGUCCUGCUGGUUGGGUCCUUCAGAGAAUGCACAACAGACAUAACCCUGCAAGGCUAUCGUAUUAAAAAGGGCACCGUCGUCAUCCCCGAUGUAGCGUCUGUCUUGUAUGACCCUGACCACUGGGAGACGCCUCAUCAGUUCAACCCAAAUCACUUCCUGGACAAAGAUGGGAAAUUCUUCUGCAAGGAAGCCUUCAUGCCCUUUGCAGUAGGGCAUCGCAUUUGUGUGGGGGAGCGCUUGGCGCGGACCGAACUCUUCAUUGUCUUCACCAAACUUCUGCGGGUUUUUAAAUUACAGCUUCCAGAAGGAGUGAAGAGCGUCAGCAUCAAGCCUAUAACCGGAGGAUUGGCCAUGGUGCCACAACCCUAUAAGCUCUGUGCUGUUCCUUACUAAGUUCCAGAGGGGAAGGGGGGCUAUUUCUGCACACAGAGCGGAGGGCGGGUGGGCUGCAGAGAUGGGCUAUCUUCC